AUGUUGAAGAUCAGCUGUUCGUUGUUGGUGCUGUUGUCGCUCUGCGCCUGCAGUUACGCCCAAUACCAGUAUCCCCAGCAGCGCCCGGCCACAGCAGCCGGAGGUGAGCCCACUGGCGGGCCUGUGGAAAAUCGUAUUAUACCCCUGGGUGGUCUGCUCGGCGGAGGAGGAGGAGGAGGUGGUUUACUCGGUGGCGGCGGAGGGGGGGGUGGCCUGUUUGGCAACCUGUUGGGUGGUCUUUUGGGCGGAAAUAAUGCUCGCCCACCGCCACCAGCGCCAGCGCCAUACCUAGUACCUGUUCCCUCGUAUGGAGGAGGAUUCGGCGGCGGGUAUCCUGGCGGAUUUGGAGGCGGAUUCGGCGGCGGGUAUCCUGGCGGAUUUGGAGGCGGUUAUACAGGUGGCUACCCAGGCGGAUUUGGAGGUGGUUAUGGCAAUCCCUAUGGCGGCUACUACGGCUAG